AUGGCGAAGAAGAUAUCCGACACGUCCUCCGAGUCGUCGCUCUCGCCUCCUCCUGAAGGACUCAGUGCGCUUGCUGAGAAGGCCACCGUCCAGACCACAGCGAAAGGCACAAAGAGAAAGGCAGAGGCCAUUGUCACCAAGACUACCAAACGUACCAAGAAAACUGCAGUCGAGGAUGGUACCAAGGAAGCUGCUAUCGCUAGCACUAAUGAGGUACCUCGAGCCAAGCGGGGCGCGACGACCAAAGUGAAGUACGAGGAGACUGUCGAAGAGGAAGAAAAGGCAAAUGGUGUGGUGACCAAAGCCGCCACGGUCAAGAAAACAGCUCGUACAGUCAAGAAGAAGAACGUGAAGGAUGCGCCUCCGCUCGAGGAGCGCACGAAAGACUCCAAGCUACGAGUAGGAGCCCACGUCAGUACCGCGGGAGGUGUACAGAAUGCCAUACCCAAUCUGAUCCAUAUCGGCGGCAACGCCUUCGCUAUGUUCAUGAAGAACCAACGCAAAUGGGACAAUCCUGCAAUGGAUCCCGAAGCUGCCACAACAUUCAUCAACGCCUGCGAGUUGCAUCAUGUUGAAGUCGGCGAUUGCUGCUUACCCCACGGCUCAUAUCUCGUCAAUCUGGCGCAUCCUGACCCCGAGCGCAAGAAGCAAGCCUACGACGCUUUCCACGACGAUCUCGUACGCUGCCACAAGCUUGGUAUCAAGCUUUAUAAUUUCCAUCCAGGCAAUGCAAACGCUACCACACGUGAGGAGGGCAUCAAGCUCAUUGCUGAGAACCUCAACCAAGCUCAUAGUGAUCCCGCCACCGGCGAAGUCAUAACUGUCCUUGAGACUAUGGCGUCGCUUGGGAAUACGAUUGGUGGUACUUUCGAGGACAUUGCUGCUAUCAUCGAGCAUGUCACCGAUAAGAGCCGGGUGGCUGUUUGUCUCGAUACUUGCCACGUCUUCGCUGCUGGCUAUGACCUCCGCACUCCAGACGCGUACGCAGAGACAAUGGCGAAGUUCGACAAGAUCAUCGAUCUGAAGUACCUCAAGGCUUUGCACAUCAAUGACAGCAAGGCUCCUCUGAGUAGCCAUCGCGACCUCCACGCCCGCAUUGGUACGGGGUAUCUCGGUCUCCGCGCGUUCCACAAUAUUGUCAACGAUGAGCGCCUCCAUGUUCUGCCCAUGAUUCUUGAGACUCCCAAUGAUGUCGUCGGCGAGGACGGCAAGAAGUUCGAGGACAAAUCUAUUUGGGCUCGCGAGAUCAAGAUGCUUGAGAAGCUUGUGGGCAUGGACGUCGAGAGCCAGGAGUUCAAGGACCUGGAGGCCAAGUUGCACGAAGAAGGUACCUCAGAGCGUGAGCGCGUCGGCGACCAGGUCGACCGCAAGCAAGCUAAGGACACUAAGCCAAAGAAGCAGGCUAAGGAAGCCAAACCAAAGAAACAGGCUAAAGAAACUAAGCCGAAGAAGACAGGAAAGGGCAAAAAGAAGGUUGAGAGUGAAGACGAGGAUGAUGACGACGAAGAGUGAGCUGAAGGCGAGAAACGAAGGCGAUGAGAAGCGUCCUCAGUUAUCACCCAGAGGUAUCUACUGGACGACACUCAGUCCAGGGAUGAGGGAGUUGGCAGUGCAAACUCAAAUUUACACCUGACGCCUCCAUAAAGAUUCAACA